CAACUGUUUGCGCCAUAACCUACGAGGUAGCUUUAUCUCAAUGAUGCUGUGAUAUCUUGCGAAUUUCCGCAAUACCUUCACAACUCCAGGAUGAACGAUGCAAUCCCCAGAGAAUUUUGUUCGCCUUCCCGACCCACGCUGUUGCAUUCAGCUCUCCUCAAGGCAACUGUUGAGAAAGCCUUCCUUUGUCUUCCAGACGAGUUAAUCUCCGUCGUUUGUCGAAGAUACAUUGAGCAAGUUCACCCACAACUUCCGGUCAUUGACAUUAAAGACCUUCUUCAAGCGCUCGAGCCGCAACAAGCAAGGGGAAAUAGAAUCAGUGUUCUUCUCUGGCAGGCUUUGACUUCUGCGGUGAUACCAUUUCUUACCGACGACGAGCUUGGGAGAGCUGGUCUAGUUUGUGCUCAUACGGCACUGGAUACUUUCGUUCACAGGACAAAGGUCCUUUUGGAUAUAGACUACGACGAGUGCCCGACUACGCAGCUGCAGGUAAUUCUCCUUCUGUAUUGGCGCCUGAGCCAGGAAAAAUCAAAUAGGAGUCUUUAUCGAUCUGUCCAUCGCUGGGCUUUGGAACACACAAAGCAGAUCGAGCCUGGACUUAUUGCCAGUCAUUAUUCAAGGCCUUCCAGUCAAACGAGUCUGCAUAUCAGGCUUUGGUGGUCAUGUUACAUUCUCCAGAUUGGGUUUGGCCUGGAAGCUCUUCAAAGCACAACAGGACUCGAACAUCCUGCUGGUAUCAGACCUCCACAAAUGAAUGAUUUCGAAAUAUCUUGGUUUUCAUCUCCGCGCGCUCAGGACUGGUAUGCAUCGACUGGUUUGCACCAAGCACUUCAUCGAUAUUUGCAAUCAGCAUCGUUUUUCUGUAGAAAGGCAGAGACAUGUAUGCAGAUCACCCAUCUUUUCAAUACAGCCGCCCCAGUAGGAACUGUAACCUCUCAUAAAGACCUUGGCCAGUCAUUCUCCGGUGGUGACUUUCCUGUCUCGAAGCUUUUCUGGAUGGCCAUGAACAUCGAUGCCAAGCUUCAAGAACUCACCAGAGAAGGGAUUUGUGGGAUCACGCCUAUAGUGGAAGAACGCGAUCAGGGUCUGAGUCUCAAUUUUCAUGUUCAUACGGCAGAGUUCAUUAUCCUGCACCAGUGCUUAAUUCUCUUGCUACUCUGGUCCGAAAAGCAUUCCAUGGCACCAAAAUCUCACCAAUAUCAAACGCCUGGCAUAGAAGUCGCAAAAGAUCUCAUACAACAUACAAUUGAGCAGACGGUGAUAGCCCUUUCCCGUAUGCUAGAGACUUUGUGUUUUUAUAGACUACCUCUGCUUACCCAUAACACCAAUGCGCGCAUUCUAGAAAAUGUCAGGUCAGCCAAGAAUACACUAGCAACUGCAAAUGGGGCAGACAGAGACGACCACAACUUUGGGCAAUUGGCAGAUCAGCUUGGUAGCAGCCUAUGGCGAUAUGAAAAUUACAUUGCCUUGCAGCCAACAUCGAUCAUCCACGUCUCUAGUUCUGAUACCGAUGAUGGUGUGGAACCUGGCCAAGUUCGCCUAUCAGAAGAUCAUUCUACCACUACGUCAACACCGGCUGAUUCUGGGCCAUCAACACCUCCUAAUAGUCUUGUUCUACAUAGAGAAGGCUUUGGAAAGAAAGGUUUGCAAGCCCAGUGGGAGAGUUUUGGUUGCGAGCUUUUACAAGCAGUGGACUAUGUUCGCAUGUAUUAA